CUACGGACGUCGGUUUUUUUACCGACCUCGCCUGGCGGUGACGUUUGUGACUAAAUGCACGGAGACACACUCAUCGUCAAGUCUACCGACCGACGGCGACGCGACGGCCCACUCUGGUGGUUGAUCAUGGCCGACAUGGAUGUUGUUAUUGACAAUGAAUUGUUGAUCCAUUGUGUCCAAACAAGGCCUGUUCUGUGGGACAAAACAUUGGAGAGUUUCAAAGAUCGGAACGCCACAAGGAAUGCGUGGCAUGAAGUUUGUCACGAACUGCUGAAGGAUUUUGACAACCUGGAAGACAGCAAAAAGAAUGACUUUGGUAGAGAAGUGAUGAAAAGGUGGAAACAUUUACGUGAUGCUUUUAUCAGAUCAGAAAAGAAUUUCAAAGAAUCUAAAGCAAGUGGUUCACAGGCCUCCAAGAGAAAAAAAUACAUUUUUAACGAUGAGCUACAGUUUCUGCGCAAAAUAUACAAAGAAAGAGAAACAGAAGAGAGUUAUGACAACGAAGAUGAGGAGAUUGCAGGAGCCAGUGCUGCGACAGUACUAACGGAAGUGACUGAAAUUGAAGGCUCAACCAAAGCAGUUGUUUCAAAAGCAAAACCGCCUACAAGACAACAUAAAAAGAUGGAUGAUGUCGACCUGAAAAUUUUGCGGGCAAUGGAGCAAACAGAACCGAAAAAUAAAACGACAAAUUGCAAUUCUUUGAAAGCUUGCUGCCUCAUGAAGACAAAUUUGACGACAACCAGUGGCUUCAAUGGCAAAUGGAAUUUCUCAAAGUCAUUUCUAAAGUCAAAAAUUCAUAUCCCUGCAUACCUCAACCCUGAAAUGUACAGAACCAUUCUACUUCCCAGUUUAAUCAACAAUCCAACCUUACCCAACCUGUCAACGUUCCCUACAUGUGUCAACGAGCAUUUGCGAAUCAAAGGAUGUCCCCUCAGUAUCCAGCACAACAAAUGACCUGCUCCCCUUUCACAAAUUUCCAGCAUAUUUCAAAUGAAACCCAGGAUAAAGGUUUUGCUUGUCAAAUGAUCAGGGAUGAUAAUGUUCAGCCUUCUCGCAGCCCUUCUGUAGCUUCUUCAUCAACCACAAUUGAUUUCACAGAAUUGUAAUUGAACGUCAUCAACUAUUGCCAAAAAUGUAAUACAAUGUUGUAACUUAUUCUGAGCAGAAAUAUAUGG